GUACAAAUAUGACACUGAUAAAACAUUGACUCAAUUACAAUUAAUUGGCGAAAACAAUCAAUACAUUGGUGUGAUAAAUUGGUUUGCAGUUCAUCCAACAUCAAUGAAUAAUACAAACAAAUUGGUAACGAGUGAUAACGUGGGAUAUGCUUCUAUUCUGUUGGAGAAAGAAUUGAAUCCUGAAGCUACAAUUGGAAAAGGCAAAAUUGUUGCUUGUUUCGCUUCGUCGAAUUUAGGAGAUUCGUCUCCAAAUACAAAUGGUCCAAAAUGUGAAUACUCCGGUAUGCCUUGUGAUAUACUGACGUCAUCAUGUCCACCAUCUGAAGGGGCUUGUUUUGCAACCGGGCCGGGGAAAAAUCAAUUUGAAAGUUGUAAAAUUAUUGCAACGAAACUUUUUGAAGGUGCAAAACGCUUAAUAGACAAAAGAGCUGGCCGAGAAAUUACUGGACACGUGAAAUAUGUUCAUCAAUUUAUAGAUAUGAGCACUGCUCAAGUGCAAUUUUUCAAUCUUACGAAGAAUGCAAGUGAAACGGUGAGUGGGUGCUCCCCAGCAAUGGGCUACAGUUUUGCAGCUGGUACCACAGAUGGUCCGGGUGUAAUGGAUUUCACUCAAGGAACUACUACUGAUAAUCCUUUAUGGAAUGCUGUGCGGAAUUUUUUAGCUCCUCCCACUGAAGCUGACAUCAUUUGUCAAGCACCAAAACCAAUUUUGCUUGCAACUGGACGGGUAAAUUAAAUAUAUCGAUGAAAUACUUCGAAUUCAUAUUUUUAUCUGCAAAUUGAAAGUUGGUUCCAUUUUUUACCGUACCAAAUAUUUUUGAGUCAAUUCGAGGUUAUAUAAGCUUAAACAACUGCACACAAUGACAAAUAUAUAUUAUUUGGAGAAUGUUGAAAAAAAUAAUACACAAGAUUUUGACACAAAGUGAAACCUGUUCAAAUAGCAUCAAGCUAGCGUAGUUUAAAAAAUGGGGCAAAUCGACUUAGUAAAAACGGUGCUCAUAAAAAACCAGUGCCUUUCAUAUUGGAUAGGGAACUACUAUAUCUUUUAAAUAUGUCAUCCCGAAUUUGAUUUUUAAAAAUUUAGUUGAAUCGAAAAAUAAAAUAAAAUGAAGAACGAAA